GUUACAUUACAAAUAAAGAAGGAGUUACCUCGAAUCUAAAUAAUAACUCAUACAUUCUGGAUACUACGAACUACACUUGGGUCGGUUCAUUUGUACCCACCAAUGAUAAGACUUCGUCUACUGCUACAUUCUCAUCAGUAACAUCAACUCCGUCUGAGUCAUCUGCCAUUACAACAUCGACUCCAUCUGCAGCUCCAACUGUCACAUUAACGACAUCAAUAUCGUCUGAGGUACCUAUUGUGACAAACACACCAAUUCCACCUCAAGAAACAACCACAACUCCAUCCAUUGUGACAAAUACAAUAUCAACUCGACCUCAAGAAACAACAACUUCACCUAUUGUGACGGACACCACAUCGACUCAAGAAGCAACAACUUUGCCUAUUGUGACGGACACCUCAUCAAUUCAAGAAACAACAACUUUGCCUAUUGUGAUAUCAACUCAAGAAACAGC